UUACUAUACUACUGAACCGUUAUAUUUGAUUCACUAGCUAUCCGAAACAAUAUCAUGGGGUUCCUUUCCUUCUUUUAUUACUCGCUGUUUUACAUUGCUCUGUUCAUCGUAUUCAACCUUGUUAUCAGAGCUAGAAGGUUCAAAAACCUUCCACCGGGUCCACCUUCUCUUCCCAUAAUAGGAAACCUUCACCACCUCAAACGCCCACUCCACCGCACCUUCAAAGGCCUCUCAGAUAAAUACGGUCACGUGUUUUCCCUCUGGUUCGGAUCACGCCUCGUCGUCGUCGUUUCUUCCCCCUCCGAAUUCCAAAAGUGCUUCACCAAAAACGACGUUGUUUUAGCAAAUAGACCGCGCUUUCUCUCCGGAAAAUACAUCUUCUACAACUACACCACUUUGGGCUCAACCUCCUACGGCGAGCACUGGCGCAACCUCCGCCGCAUCACCGCCCUCGACGUGCUCUCAAACCACCGCAUCAACAGCUUCUCCGGAAUCAGAAGGGACGAGACGCAGAGACUCAUUACAAAGCUAGCCGAAGACUCGUCCACGAACUUCGCACACGUGGAACUCUCUUCCAGGUUCUAUGACAUGACAUUCAACAACAUAAUGAGAAUGAUUUCGGGAAAGAGAUACUACGGUGAAGACUGUGACAUGGCGGAUCUUAAGGAAGCGAGCCAGUUCAGAGAGAUGGUGUCUGAGUUGCUGCAAUUGUCUGGUGCUAACAACAGGACUGAUUUUUUGCCUUUACUUGGCCUUCUUGACUUUGAAAAUUUGAAGAAGAGGUUGAUGAAUAUUAGUGACAAAACUGAUGCUUUCUUGAGAGCACUCAUUCAAGAACACCGCAACAAGAAACAAGUCAAGCAAAAUACCAAUACCAUGAUUGACCAUCUUUUGAGCCUGCAAGAUUCACAGCCUGAGUACUAUACUGAUCAAAUCAUCAAAGGCCUUGCUCUGGCCAUGCUUCUUGCUGGAACCGACUCAUCUGCUGUAACCUUAGAGUGGUCGAUGUCUUGUUUGCUGAACCAUCCAGAGGUAUUGAAGAAAGUGAGGGAUGAAUUGGAUACUCAUGUGGGUCAAGAUCGUUUGGUAGAUGAAUCAGACAUUCCAAAACUCACAUACCUUAAAAAUGUUAUCAACGAGACACUUAGGUUGUAUACUCCGGCUCCGUUGUUGUUACCACACUCCACUUCGGAAGAGUGCAUCAUCGGAGGAUUCAAGGUUCCAAGGGACACUAUAGUGUUGAUUAAUGCUUGGGCCAUUCAUAGGGAUCCUCAAUCAUGGAGUGGGGCCACAAGUUUUAAGCCAGAAAGGUUUGAGAAAAAGGGAGAGAUAGACAAGUUGAUUGCAUUUGGGAUGGGAAGAAGGGCUUGUCCUGGAGAAGGCUUGGCUCUUCGUGCAAUUAGCUUAACUUUGGCUUUGUUGAUUCAAUGCUUUGAUUGGAAACGUGUGAGUGAUGAAAAGAUUGACAUGGGUGAACAAGAUGGAUUCACCUUGACAAAGUUAGUUCCCUUGAAGGCAAUGUGCAAAUCUCGUCCCGUCAUCACCAAGGUUAUCAAUUAACUGUCAUAUAUGCCAUAUAUCCUUAAAAUUAAUAAAAUCUAAGCUGUAAUUUU